AUGGAUAGUGGUGCAGCUGUGGUGAUACAUUUUGAUCAUGGUGGAGACCGGCAUAUUUCUACAUUAGUGAUGAAAGGAAGAUAUGAGGAGAUUACUUAUUCUCGCUUGGUUGAUAGAAUAUGCAAGAAAAUGAAUAUUGAUGUAGCUGCGACAAAGCUUCAACUGAGUUACUUUCCUCUGGUCGUGGAUAAUAAUAAGAGGCCUUCCUAUAUUCUGGAUGAUGAAGAUGUUUUAGGAUAUUUAAUGGAGGUAGAUAAGAAAAACCGGCGUAGUGUCUUGCACGUGGAGCUUUCCGAAAUUGUCUCAGAAAAUCAGAGUAAUGAGCAGUUCUCUAUGAAUGAGGAAAUUCAGAAUGGUGGCAGAGCUAAUGAUGGUAUGGUUGGAGUUGAGGAGUUGGCAAUUGUUCCUCAAAAACAAUCAGAUGGGUAUGAGCAUGAGAAAAGCAAUGAAGAGGUUGAUGAAAUGGAUGACAGAGAGGAGAUGGCGGCUGUUACACCAGCUGAAGAACCAGUUGUCAAUAUUGAGUGGGAUGAUGGUAUUGAUAUGAGUUUGCAUCAAGAAUUUGCGACUAAGGAUGAAGUGAGGGAUUUAGUGGACAAAGGAGUGCAUUCGAAUUGUUUUGAGGUUGAUAUAUUGAAGUCGAAUCCUAAUCUGUAUGUAUUGAAAUGUCGUGGAGUUGGAUGCAGAUGGUAUUUACGAGCUGCAAAGCUGAAAAAAUCUGAUUUUUUCACUAUCAGAACGUAUAGAAAGAUGCAUACAUGUUCUCGGGGAGAGGGAAGCAUAACCAAGAGGGGGAAAAGAGGCACACCAAGUAUGGUCGCAUCAGUGGUUCAUGCAGAUUAUCCAGGCCAAUUCAAGACUCCAGAUCCAAAGACUCUCAUAAGUUUGGUAAAGAACAAACUAGGUGUCAAGGUUUCAUAUUCUACGGCUUUGAGAGGGAAACACCAAGCUGUCAGUGAUCUGCGUGGUAACCCUGAGGAGAGUUUUGCUAGACUCCCAUCUUACUUGUACAUGUUAGAAAAGAUGAAUCCUGAUACCAUCACACGGUUAGUAGUGGAUGAGACGAACCAGUUCAAGUAUAUGUUCUUUGCGCUCGGAGCUUGCAUUGAAGGGUUUAAGGCGAUGAGGAAAGUGAUAAUAAUGGAUGGAACUCACCUGAAGGGUGUGUACAAAGGAGUGCUUCUCAUUGCCACUGCUCAGGAUCCAGACCAUCAUCAUUAUCCCCUCGCUUUUGCGGUAGUAGAUGGUGAGAAAAAUGCGAGCUGGGAGUGGUUUUUGACUACACUGAAAACUUUGAUACCAGAUGAUCCUCAGCUGGUAUUUUGUACUGAUAGAAACCAAAGCAUCAUCAAGAAAGUACACGAGGUGUACCCAUUGGCGAUCCAUGGAUAUUGCAAUUAUCACUUGUCUAAUAAUGUCAGCGGAGCAUGCAGCAAUGUCAACAAGAAAGGAGUUGCCAAAAAGUUUAGGAAAAUUGCUGGUAUAUACUCAGAGAUAGAGUUCAGAAAUAGCUACAAUGAUUUCAGGAGAACGUAUCCCCAAGCCGCUGACUAUCUAGAUGACAGUGUUCAUGAGACAAAAUGGGCAAGAUGUAAAUUUCCGGGAGAAAGGUACAACAUAGAUACAACCAACACAGUUGAAUCUAUCAAUGGUGUUUUAAAGGAACCAAGGAAAUAUGCGUUGUUGCCAAUGAUUGAUGUGGUGGUGGGGAAGAUUGUAGAAUGGUUUAACAAAUAUCGAGAUUUAUCUUUACGUGUACCAGAGAGGCAGAUACUAGUACCGCACGUGCAUGGGAUAUUGCAUCACAAUUAUCCGAAGGCAAAAAAGCUAGAGGUGAGGGAGUUAAACAAAUUUGAACGUCACUACAAUGUGAUUGGAAAGGACGGUCAAGGUUAUUUUGUUGAUUUGAGCAACAGAAGUUGCUACUGUAGGUGUUUUGAUAUUGACCGGUAUCCUUGUGUGCAUGCACUUGCUGCUAUUAUAGCACGUGGAGAAAUGGCUGAACAUUAUUGUUCUAGGUAUUACUGGAUGGAGCAGUGGACUUUGGCAUAUUACAGGACAGUAUAUCCAGUGCCUCAUCAUUCAUCAUGGGAAAGUUACGGAAUUCCUGAAGAAAUCCGAUCUCGGGUUGUCUUCCCUCCGUAUGUGGAGAAAAAGAAAGGAAGACUACAAGUUACUAGAUUCCCAUCUGCAGGAGAAUAUCGGAGGAAGAAAAAGAAGAAGUACCCACCGUUGGUUGGUGAAAAUGAUGGAAGUGACAGUGAUGGAAGUGGCAGCGAGGAAAGUAGCAGCGAGGGAGGUGGCAACGAGGGAGGUGGCAACGAGGAAAAUGUUGAAUGA